AUGACGAAUCUCACCUUUGUUUGGCUGAACGGACUCGAACCAUUCACCGAAUAUGUUGUUGCUGUUGCUGUCGUCGUCAGACCUCAGAAUGCUCAAAACAAGUCUGAAGAACUAGAGAGCGAAAAAAGUGUUGAACAGUCGUUUAGUACUCUUCAAUCAUCACCGAGUCGACCUCGACAACUGAAGGUUGCCAACGUACAAACAGAUUCGGCUGUGCUCACGUGGCAACCUCCUGCCCAUCGCAACGGGCCGAUAGAUCACUACAAAAUUAUGAUAACAGAGAGAAACCUUAGUGAUCACGUAAACGACAGUCAUAGCAUCGUGCUAAACGAGACCGUCGACGGCACAACGACGACAUACACAGCACGAGGACUUUCUCAAUUAGAACAGUACAGUGUGUGGAUACUAGCUGUUAACAUUGAAAAUUUCCAGCUGCUACAAAGUCAUCCCAGUCUAACAGCAGUGUUUCAAACAACAGGAGGAAAAGACAGUGUUCCUUACAAACUUCGCUCAACUGUGACGGGCAAUUCGGCCACCAUCACGUGGCAGCCACCUCCUAAUCGAUCACUAUCGAUCACAUCAUACAACGUCAGACUGUUUCGUCAAAACGACAUUCGAGCAACGGUUGCGUCGACGACCACAAAGACGACAUCCGCCAUUUUUACGAAUUUACUCCCGUUCACUAACUACAGAGUGAUCGUCACUGGUUUCCGACGUCACGUGUCGACACUUCCAGCAGUGCUCGAUUUCAAAACAAAACGCAACGUUCCUGCUGCUCCCACGAAUUUAAAAAUCCAAAACUUUGGAUCCAGAGAUGCAACGAUCAGUUGGUCACCACCACUUCAAACGACGCCAAACGACGUCAAACUAGAAUACAAAAUUCACGUUCUAUAUAUUAAAAAUGAAAGCUCGCCGUCACAUCUGGAUCACAGAGAUAUCGUGUUACCGAAGUCGGAGACGCUAGUAAUACUGCGUCGACUGAUACCAUCGACUACAUACUACGUGUGGGCUGCAGCUGUUGUAGACCACGGUAAAGCCUCAGAGUCGAGGAGUCACUUAGUUGGCCCAUUGAACUUUACAACAGUAGAGGAAGUUCUUGCCGCUCCCACGAAAUUAAAAAUUCAAAACUUUGGAUCCAGAAAUGCAACGGUCAGUUGGUCUUCACCACCUCCAACAACGAUGCCAAACGACGUCAAACUAGAGUACAAAAUCUUUGUCCUAUUUAGAAAUGAAAGCGCGCCGUCACGCCUGGGUCAGGCAGAUAUGGUGUUGCCGAGGUCGGAGACACGGAUAAUACUGCGUCGACUGAUACCAUCGACUACAUACUACGUGUGGGUUGCAGUUGUUAUAGACGAAGGUAAAGAAUCCGAAUUGAUGAGUCACGUAGUUGGACCAAUAAACUUUACAACACUGGAGGAAGGUCUACAGACUUGAACAACAUUAUAGGGACAUCCCGCUGUGGGUGUAUAUGCAUGUAGUAACACACUAAUUAGGUCACAAUUUACCAACCAGCAAUGUUAGGUUUCUGUAGAAUACUGCAGACCCUAGAUUGUUUUCUUCACGGUUUGCAUUGCGGAGAAUGAGAGCUAAAAGUGUACGACGUCAUG